ACUAUUUCCCGAGAUUCUUGCCGAGUUUAGAAUAGUCGGCCUGAAGCUUAAAAACUUCAAACACUAUUCCCCGAGAUUCUGGCAGGGUUUAGAAUAGUUGGCCCGAAGCUUAAAAACUUCAAAUACUAUUCACCGAGAUUCUGCCCAGGUUUACACUAUUACUCAAGAUUCAGGCUGGGUUUAGAAUAGUCGGCAUGAAGCUUAAAAACUUCAAACACUAUUACCCGAGAUUCAGGCCGGGUUUAGAAUUGUCGGCCUGAAGCUUAAAAACUUCGAACACUAUUCCCCGAGAUUCAGGCCGGGUUUAGAAUAAUCGGCCUGAAGCUUAAAAACUUCAAACACUAUUCCCCGAGAUUCAGACCGGGUUUAGAAUAGUCGGCCUGAAGCUUAAAAACUUCAAACACUAUUUCCCGAGAUUCUGGCCUUGUUUAGAAUAGUUGGCCCGAAGCUUAGAAACUUCAAACACUAUUCCCCGAGAUUCAGGCAGAUUUGAGAGUAGUCGGCCUGAAGCUUAUAGUUGCUGAUUUGCCACUGCUAUAAAAGUGAUCGUGGAUCAUCUUCUUGCAGAGCUGUAUGAAUAAGCGCAAUGCGAUCUUCAAACUUCUGUUGGCAUCACAUCGGAAAUUGACGGACAAGCACAAGGCUUUGGUGGCCGAGCAACAAAGCAGGACCGGGGACGACGCACAAGUGUCGGAGCUACUGAAACGCGUUGCGGAGGUGCAAGGGGAGAGGACUCAGCUAGUGGAGCAGCACCGAGACGAGGUGGCUCGGCUAAGGGCGCAACUUGAAGCGCAGGGCGAGGAGCAUAAGGCCGAGGUAGUCCAACUUACCUCGGCGCUUUCUGCGCAAGUUGACGAGAAGAUUCGCCUGAAAGGAGAAGUGCAAAGAUAUAAAGGUCUUCUCGCCGAAACCGAGACCCGAGCCGCCGCUGCUGAAGCGACCGCCCUUGUAAAAGGGUUCGAUCUCUGUGCUUUAGUGCUAGCCCCUGGAUCGACUCACUAGCACACACAGUUUCAAGAUGUAAUACCAUAGAACAAAGGUCUCAA